AUGCCGGUAUUGGAAGACGACACGGCUAAAACGCGAAAGUUUUUAAAAAGACGCCUUCAAACAGAUGCCGCCUUUAGAGGAUAUGAGAAAGAAGUGCAGCACAUCCGCGAUCUACUCUAUCGAACGGCCGAAAAUGGUGAAUCAAACAGUGCUCUCUUAUUAGGCCCCAGAGGAUGCGGCAAAACUACGCUUGUUACUUCCGUUCUGAUAGAUUUACAAAAAGAGAAAAGUUUUUGCAGCAAUACGUUGAUUGUUUACUUGAAUGGAUUCUUGCACACGGACGAUCGGUUGGCCCUGAAAUCGGCAACAUCACAAAUGAACUUGGAGAAUGUUGUUGAUGGCAAGGUUUUUGGAUCAUUUGCUGAGAACCUGGCAUUCUUGCUAGGCUGCCUCAAAGCGGGUGAUAAGAAAAACUCGAAAAGUGUAAUAUUUAUUCUGGAAGAAUUCGAUUUAUUUUGUUCACAUCACAACCAAACAUUGUUGUAUAAUUUAUUUGAUGUUGCACAAUCGGCUCAAGCUCCAAUUUGUGUACUAGGAAUAACCGCGCGAUUGGAUGUUAUAGAGCUCCUGGAAAAGCGUGUGAAAUCCAGAUUUUCUCACCGUCAAAUCUUUUUACUUCCGAUGGAGGAUAACUUUGCAGGACGAGUUCAGCUGUUUGGAACACUUUUGAAGCUACCAACUGAAAAGGAAAUGAAAGAAUACAAUACGGCUACAAAGCUAAAAAGUCAGCAAAAUCACGAGAUUCCUCUACUGCGCAACGUCUUCGAUCCUAAUGAUUUUAGUUUUUCUUCCAAAUGGGUGUCCAAAUGGAACAAACAUUUAGAUGCACUAGUUUCAACGCCAAGUGUGGUAUCCAUAUUGCAAAAUAUGUAUGAGUAUGAAGUUCUUGAAGGUCCUUUUAAGAGCUUUCUUUUUGAAUUGGUCUCCGAAUUGAGCGAAUCUAGUCCGCUGAUAACAGUCGAACAGAUUCAGAUGUUGUACCAGCAGUGUAACAAUGAUGAUAAGGUAGUGUUGCUGUGUGGUUUAUCCGUAUUGGAAAUCUGUCUCCUGAUCGCAAUGAAACAUCAUUCGGAAAUAUACGAUCGUGAUCCGUUUAAUUUUGAGAUGGUUUUAACUCGGUACAAUAAAUUUGCUAAUUCUAGUUCCACCAUGCAAGGCAUUGAACGAAAUGUCAUACUGAAAGCUUUUGAGCAUGUAAAAAAUUUAGAAUUGAUUGCACCGAUUAGUAGUGCCGCUUCAAAGGUGCAAAAAGAAUAUCAGCUCCAUCACUUACUGCUUACAUACGGACAAAUAAAUCAAGCGAUCCAGAGAUCGCAGAACUUGCCGACUGAGAUUAGCCAGUGGGCCCAACGCUUGAUGGUUUAG